ACCUGUCUUUCUUAGACUGAUCUGGCUGUUUUAACUCUUUCUAAUACCUGCUUACGUUACAGCAGAAAGUCAACCCUAUUAGGCCAUCACUGCAUGUUUUGGGUCAGAUGGACAGACGCAGGAGUCUGGAGUCACUGGAGGAGCAACUGCGUUGCCCUGUGUGUCUGGAGGUUUUCUCGGAGCCUCUCAUGCUGCAAUGUGGUCACUCUUAUUGCCGUGGCUGUGUCCGCUCUAUGGGCAUGGACCCUCUGGGCCAGCUCCAGUGUCCAGUGUGCCGCAGUGCAGUGGAUGGGGACAGUCCUCCACCCAAUGUGGCACUGGCACGCAUUGUGGAUGCCCUACGGGAGAUCAGUAACCCAGGCCAGGGCCCUCCUGAGACCUGCAACCAGCAUCAUAAUCCCCUAAGCCUGUAUUGCGAGGAGGACCAGGCACUCAUCUGCGGUCUGUGCGGCAGCAUUGGAGGACACCGCUCCCAUAAAGUCACCCCAAUCAGCAGCGUCUACAGCCGCAUGAAGGAGGACAUUUCAGGUCUGAUGACUGAGUUUCAGACUCAGAAGAGGAAGCUGGAAGAUCAGACUUGUAAAAUGGCAUACAACAAGUCUCGCAUUACUAAUGAGUCAGAUGUGUUGAAGUGGGUGGUACGGAAGGAGUUUGGUGAGUUGCGGCGCUGUAUGGAACUGGAGGAGGCCCGCUUUAUGCAGAAGGUGGAGAGCACUGCCUCCACUCUCAUCUCCUCCAUCCAGGCCCAGGCUGACCACAUGAGCCAAUUACUGGCCAAAUUCCAAGAAGCCGAAGGCACACUAGAAGCCCUGAGCAACGAAGGCCAUCUGGACUUUAUCACUAAAUAUGGAUCCAUUGCUCCAAGGUUUAGAGAGAGCCAGCAGAGGGAACAGAGGAAGGAGAGGGCCUACAGCUCUAUCAGCUUCAACCCAGGCUUCAAUCACAGUGACAUCAAAAUCGCUGUAUGGAAGCGAUUGCACAGGAGAGUUCUACCAGCCCCUGAGUCUCUGAAGUUCGACCCUCUUACAGCUCAUCCCAUGCUGCAACUCAACGAGGACCUCACAAGUGUGGAGUGUGGUGUCAUCGUCAAACGACUGCCCAAUAAUCCAGAGAGGUUCAGCUACAGCUACUGUGUGCUGGCCAGCCGUGGCUUCUCCUCAGGCAAGCAUUACUGGGAGGUCCAGGUGGGACAAAAGCCAAAGUGGCGGCUCGGCCUAAUCAAAGGGACCACAUCCCGCAAAAGCAAGUUGCCCAAGAGCCCCGAGGGUGGAGUGUGGCUGAUUGGGGCGAAGGAGGGCAGGCUGUAUGAGGCUUUCGCUAGCCCACGGGUUACUCUGCCUCUCACAACCCAGCCCCAGCGAAUGGGCAUCUUCCUGGACUAUGAGAGAGGAGAGGUGACAUUCUACAAUGCGGACAGUCCGGACGAGCUGGGUUUUAUCUAUUCCUAUCAGGCUGAGCUGCAGGGCAAAGUGUACCCUCUGUUUGAUGUAUGCUGGCAUGAGCGCAGUGCCAACAAACUGCCAAUCUCCCUGCCCCAGCCACUUCCUGAAGUGUGACCUACCUCCAGCCGACUUGUAAAAUCUCCAGCAACCUUCAAAAAUAGAUGCUUUAAGAUGCUUUUCUUCUGUCAAUCAUUUUUACAGCUGCCUUCUCACCUUUCUGUGCUUUAUAUGUGACUUGCAUUAUAUGCUAUUGUGAUUCUCUUGUCUACACUUUGUGCACAAUUAUUA